AAAAUAAGUUACAUGUAUUUUACAAAAUUUGGACGUUUAUCAGGAAUUUAUACAAAAGACAAUUUAGUGUUUAAGAUAUGGAUGUUAUCACUUGGUUGAAUGACAGUGAAAAGAGUGGUAAAAUGGUAGUAGAAGGGGGUAGUGUAGAAUGGAGUGAUGAUGAUGCUGUCAAGUCUGGGUCAAAUACAGAAGGUGAUGUAGCCGAUGACCAACCACCAGAAAGAAAAGGACAUAAGAAAAACUUUAAAACCCCCAUAACUACACUGAACAUGAAAUCUGAUCCUAUAUCAACAAUACUCGAUAAAAUAGAUGCAGAAAUAUCAUCUUUAUCUAGGUCACAGUCGAGUGCAGGCACAGCUAGUACUGUUAUACAUCGACCUUCGAGUAGGUCAAGGUCACCUCACAGACCAGAUGAUGAACUAACCAGAAGUCAAUUAGAGAGACCAGGACCAAUGAGAGCUACACACAAAUAUAAUGAUAGUUACUCAGGAUCAUCAAGAGGAAGAGAAAGUCCUUUGGUGAAUGGGGAUUCCAGAAUUAAUGGUGAUAUUAGAGUCAAUGGUGAUACCAGACACAAUGGUGAUAACAGACACAAUGGUGAUAUCAGACACAAUGGUGAUACCAGAAUGAAUGGUGAUAUUAGAGCCAAUGGUGUGGCAGAUAUAUAUAGUGAUAUGACAAAUGAUACUGAAGAUACACAAAGGAGAAAAGGACAAAGUGAUUUAGAUUCUGUUUCUGCUCACGAUGUGGAUGAGAAAUUCAAACAAAUUUUACGCAAGAGAACAGGUUAUCAAGACAAACCAUCAGCCCCAAGUGAUACAGACACCGUUAGAACAGAAGAUUUCAACAGAAAAUUCCAAGAUUCAUUAGUGUAUAGUUCAGACGAAACUGUGGAGUACAAAUCAGACGCUGAUGAGAGCUCCUCCGAAUCAGAAAAAUCUACCAAAGGCGAGGAGUCGCUACAAUGGGAUUAUUUUGACACCGUCCCAAAGUCUGCUUCAGGAUUCAAAGAGGAUGAUUCCGUAUCAAAUGACAGCAGGACUAGAACUCCACAACAGAAUGGGGACGAUAGAGAGGCUAAAAGUUUAAUUGAUCGAUUACGUCCAAAAAGUCCAGAGUCUGUUAUAGAAGCUAAUGUAAAAUCUAUUUUAUCCAAAAAGCGUGAAAAUGGCACUGUACUUCCUAACCAAUCACAGCGUUCUGUUUUCAUUCAAGACCUUUAUUCUAAAGCCUAUAAAACUGUUUAUUCUAUCCUUACAGGGUCUAAGUCUUCACCACCUGUGUAUAACAAACAAAAACCUACUAACAAUCACCUCUCAUCACCUUACAAUUCACUGCGUAAACCAAUCUAUGUCAGCGAUGCUGAGUCCGUCAGGACAGAAGACUUUGAGUUCCGCUUCAAAGAUUUGAUCGUGAAUCAGAUGGACAGUGAGACAGAUGUCACAGAUAAUGACCCUUUACAUGCCAAGGUCAAGGAGAUUCUACAGGUCACACUGCCUUCAAUGAUCCUACAAGGGCAUAUCUCUAUAAUGGAUCGUAAGAAUGAACGAGAGAGAAGCCAGUCAGAGACUGAUGUACGUCUGAGAGACAGAAGAACAGAAAUGAUGAAUGGUGAUGCCCAAUCCUCUCCAAGGGACCAGAACAACAGAUCUUCCAGUUCCACAAGAAACAGCAGUAGACGGGACAGCUUAGAUGACGAAAGACGAGAGAUACAGAGGGAAUCAGAGAGAAUACAGAGAGAAAUAGAAAUGGAGAGAAGGGGACAGUCAUUCUCACCAAGACUUACAAAGUCUCCUACAAGAGGCAUGCUUAGUAUUACUGGGGAGCUACCUAAGUCGACUUCCUACAAUGAUUUAUCUGGCAAUGAUGGUAGGAAUUCACCUAGGCUUGACCACAGCAGUUCCAAUCCAUCACGGACUAGUUCAUUAUUAGAGAGGGCGAGAACUGGACUGUUUCAAGACAGAUUUAGCCCCUCUAAUGAUGCUUCCAGUCCAGAAAGCCUUGGAAGGUCAAGGUCCAGUUCAUCACCUGAGAGGCCAAAUUCAUGUGUGAACUUGACCAAUCCUGAAAGGAACAGUUCAUUACGGGAUAAAUUUUCAACUUCUACGCCAAAUAGGGCCAGUUCAACAUCAAAUAGUCCUCUUCGUGAUAAAAUAAACACCAGAACUGGAAUUGAAUUAGACUGGUCCAGUCCUAUGCAUUCUAAUCUCAGUAGUCCAAGAUAUACCUCAAGUCAAAAUGAUCUGAAUAGUCCUAGAAAUGGAGAGGAUAAACUUUCUGUUUCGUUUCAAGACUUGCCAAAUUCUCCCAACGUAUCGCCAUCUAAAUACUCAGACACACAUAAGUCAACAUCAUAUAUAGACAACUUAGCCACAGAACCCAGAAGAACUACAACAAAUUACAGAUCUAACAGUCUAGAUAGAGUAAGUGUCUAG